AAAAAUACAAAAAACAGUUAACAAUACUUGAGCCAAUAUGCAUACGACCAAGAUAGAGGAGGGCGAUGACAGGGAGGAUAUGGAGCUCAACCAAGUCUGGCGGGCCUGUCGUAAAAUUCAAGGUGCUAUUUUUCGUUAUAACUUUGACAUCUGUGCCGAUUUGAAGCAGCAGGAUCCAGGAUGCAGCGGCUUCGUAUCGGAGCCCAUCUUCACGGCUGUGCUGGGAAAGUAUCGCAAGGUGGCCGGCAUGUCCGAAACCGAGCUGAGGGACGUCACCGACUACUUCCAAAUCCGCGACGGGCGCGUGGCCUAUCGCCAGUUCUGCAAGGUGGUCUGCAGCGAAACCCUGCACAAGAGCGCCAAGACGGACCUGGCCACUGGCCUGGAGUGGAACGAUCCCUGGCAUGUGAAUGUCAUUCCCCAGCCGGAGGAUCGACGCAGGCUCUGUCUGAUUUUGCUUAAGAUUGCUCAGGAGGCGAACAUACCAUUGAUGCCGUACUUUCAGGACUAUGAACUGAUUGCUCAAAAUGUGGGCGUGGUCACGGUGUCGCACUUCUCGCGGGUGCUGCACUUCAUGAAGAUACCGCUGUCGGAGCCGGACUUUCUGCUGCUGCUGAGGCGCUAUAUGAAAGACGGCUAUUUGGUUAAUUACGUGGCGUUCCUCAAGCACAUCGAUAACAUAAUUGCCUACCUGAAGGACCACCGUCUGCUGGACAACUCUCAGGAUAUCAUUAAGGACUUCCCAGGUCGCCUAGUGGACUUGGAGCUCUCCCAGCUGCCGGCAAUCAAUGGCUGCAAGCUGGUGCACCCUAUCUUUCCGGAUGCGUGCAAUCAUCCGAAGAAGAAUCGCAGCCAAUGCGACAUCAUUUUCUGCAUACAGAACUACGUCUACAAGAACCAGGUGCGCACCUCCGAGUUCCUGGAGAGCUUCGACGCCUUGAACAUCGGCAGCAUCACCAAAAACCAGUUCGAGCGCGGCCUGUCCACCAUGGGAGUGGGCAAGUACCUGUCCCAGCGCGAGAUGGCUGUUCUGGUGGAUCGCUAUCUGGAUCCAAUGGACAUCAACCGCGUACGUUGGCGCAAUUUUGUGGAUGAGAUCGACACGGUCUUCACCAUCAAGAACCUAGACAAGAUGCCGCAGUGCGUGGUCGAGUCGCCGCUGCGCCACAUCCAAGAGCUGCCCCGACCCGGCGCCGUGGACUGGCAGUCGGCCCCGCAGAGCAUGCGUGAAGUGUGCGAGGAGGCAAUGGCAAAGAUACGCAUCCGCAUCCGCAACCGUCGCCUAUACCUGCACCCCUUCUUCCGCAGCUAUGACAAACUCAAUAGUGGCCAUGUGCGCUGCAACCAGACCAAUCAGAUCUUCCGCACCAAUGGCAUACUCCUGUCCGAUCAGGAGCUCGAUGCUGUGCUGCAUCGCUAUGGCAAUGAGCUCGGCUUUCAUUACACCAAGUUCCUGGACGACGUGGAUCCAGCCGAGUACGCCAUGCCCAGCAUGGUGACCAAGCAGCAGCUUCAGGAUUGUCCGCCAUUCGCCCGGGACAAUCUGGAACAGGAGGAGGCCAGCGAGGAGACCAUUAUUCGCAUCCUGACCAGUGCCAAGCGUCAGGCCCUGACCAAGGGACUGGCCGUCAUCGAUUUCAUGACCGACUACGACCGUCACCGCGAGGGCGAGAUUCUGGAGUCUGACUUUAAGCGGUCCCUGGACAACUCAGGCGUCAUCCUGACUGAGGAAGAGACCACAAUUCUUUGCAACAUCUUCCGUUCUCCCCGGCGCAUGGCGUGCGUGCGCUACCGGGACUUCUGCAAGGCCCUGGACGAGAUCUUCAUACAACUCGAAUCGAGUCUUGGCGACCAGGUGGUCACAGCUGUUCCUCUACUGCACCUGCCCAACUUGGACUGCGUCGAUUGCUUCCUCAGCUUCGACGAGCGGACCAUUUGUUCGCAGGCCCUCAUGAAGCUCGCUCGCAAACCCGACGAGAUUUCGAACUUGAGCCAGGUCUUCAAGGACUUUGACCGCGAGAACUGUGGCUCCAUCUCCCAGAACCAGUUCCUGCGCGGCCUCACCGUCCGCGAGAUGCACCAGAUGCUGAGCAGCCGCGAGUUCGAGGCCAUCUGCAAGUGCUUCGGGAUGCAGCGUGGCCUCUGCCUCGAGUUCAACUACCGCGAAUUCCUUAAAAUUCUGGACGUGCUCUUCACCACCGGCCAGGUGAAGCGAAACUAUUAGAGAUCAUUGAUGAGAGCCUGAUGUUCCAAAUUCUCAGUGUGUAAUCGUUUUUGUUUGUGCAAAAUUAUGAUUGUUACGAGUGUUAUAAAUAUAAGAAAACGCAGCAAAAUAAA